CAUACUGCAGGGAUCUGCGACCUUCGGGCCGGAAGCAGUUGUAGAGGACGUGAUGGCGCCGGGCAGCGUGGAGAAGAGCGCGGGCGGCCGGGGCUGGGUGCGCGGCACCUACCGCUUCAUGACGGACAGGAACGACUUCCGCCGGAACCUCCUGGUGAACCUCGGCCUGUUCGCUGCCGGGGUCUGGGCGGCCAGGAACAUGUUCGACAUCGACCUGAUGGCUCCGCAGCCGGGGCUGUGAGGAGGAGGAGGCUGCCGUUAAUUGUUCCCCUUCAUCUACACGGACACCUCAUCGCCUGGUCCAUCCUGGGCACAGCCCCCGCACUACGUAGACCCCUGCCGCCGGAGGAUCGCUGAUGACUUUGGACGUGGAAUCGGCCGUGUGUGGACUGUGUCUUGUUCUAUAAAGGGGCGGCUGUGCUGGCCACGUAGAGGGAAUA